AUGUUUUUCCUGAGCAAAUUUGAGCACACUCUGAGGUUUCCCCCACAUCUCCUCAGCCUAUCCAUCGACAAGGCCAUUAGUGGAGAGCUCGAGUCUCUCUUCUUAGACAAGGUUAUUCAAGAUCUAGGGUUGUGCGUCAGCCUGUACGAUAUUCAAUCCAUAAAUGGUGGUUUUGUGUAUCCCGGCGAUGGCGCCUCCACUUACACGGUGGUAUUCAGGCUGGUAAUGUUCCGGCCGUUUGUGGGAGAGGUUAUAUCGGCUCGACUUAUGGAAUCGACAAAGGACGGUUUACGAUUGUCACUUGGAUUUUUUGAGGACGUCUAUGUACCUGUCCCUUGCCUGAACAGUCCCAAUCACUCUGAACCCGACCCAACCAUUAAGGGUGGUGUUAAAUGGGUUUGGGAAUACGAGGGAGAAAACUAUCCGAUAGACGGCGAAGAUGAGAUUAGAUUUAAAGUUCUCAGUGUGAGUUAUCCGCCUAUACCUUUAGAUCAUGGAGAUGCGAGCGAAAAUGAUACAGAGCAGAAAGUUGUGAAGCCAGUUGCCCUUAUGGUAGUCACUGGUACGAUCGAUGCGGAUGGUUUAGGUCCGAUUUCAUGGUGGGUAUAA